AUGGAGGGCGCAGGCAUCUGGGAUGAGCUACCAUGCGUCAUCGUUAAAGGCAUUGCCAACUAUGCUGAUGGCCAUCGGAAUGCGGACUCAAAUUGGCAGCACUUUGCCGCCGCCACGGCCGCUGCAACAGCAAGAGCAUUAAUUGAGCGAUAUCCCAAGACAGAUAGGCCUCGUCCUCCAUUGGUUAUUCUUAAAAGGCCCAAAGAAAGAACUAAAGAAGAGAACGAGUGUCUGAGGGACAUGCACGUAACUGAUCCCGCUCUUGAUAAGAAAAGAAUCGAAGACACCAAUGGAGGCCUCUUGAAAGAUUCGUAUAUUUGGAUUCUCUCAAAUGCCGAUUUUACCCAAUGGCGCAACAAUCCUGGCGGUGGACUCUUGUGGAUCAAAGGGGACCCUGGCAAAGGCAAGACGAUGCUCAUCUGUGGUCUCAUCGACGAGCUGCAAGCCGACGGCAUAGCACAACCGUAUUACUUCUUCUGCCAGGCAUCUGACCCCCGACUAAACAGUGCUACUAAGGUUCUAUGCAGUUUGGUCUACUCUAUUGCCUGCCAAGAUCAAGAAGCUCUGUCAGUUGUCAUGGAGAAAUAUAAGCACGCAGGCAGAGAAUUGUUCAAUAAUGCAAAUACUUGGACUGCUCUAUCCCAGAUGUUGACUCAGAUCUUACAAAAAGUAAAUCUGGAGAACAACGUCUUUAUUAUUGAUGGCCUUGAUGAGUGUAUAACCGAUCUCCAUCUUCUUGUUGAUUUCAUCGCCGGAGCGCCAGCAUUGUCAACGGCAAAAUGGAUCGUUUCAAGUCGAAACUGGUCAAAUAUUGAGGAGAAAUUGAAUACAAGCUCCAAGAAGCUACUCUUAUCCCUCGAGCUGAAUGAGCAAUCAAUCUCGCACGCCGUUCAAGCUUACAUCAAACACAAGGUCGAUCAGCUAGCGGCCCUCAAAAAGCUGGAUGAGCAUUCGCGCGACGGUGUUGAAGCUUAUCUAUCUGCUAAUGCUAACGAGACCUUUCUGUGGGUAGCCUUGGUCUAUAAAGAGUUGUUUAAGGGGAAUGUGAAGAAGCGGCAUUUACAAGAUCUGAUGAAUACUUUCCCUCCUGAGCUUGGACCGCUAUAUAUGCGCAUGAUGGCGCAGGUGUGCGAGUCGCGAGAUGCAGAUACAUGUGUGCAAGUGCUGGAAUUGAUCUCUCUUACUUACCGACCAAUUUCGGUGGUAGAGCUAGCAUCGCUAGUCAAGAUACCUGACGAUAACGACGACUUUGAUGAGAUGAGAGAUGUCAUUGCCACUUGUGGAUCUUUUCUUGUCUUGAAGGAUGACAUGGUUUAUUUCAUCCACCAGUCGGCCAAAGAUUUUCUGCUCAGUAACGCAUCUGACCAGAUCUUCACUCGGGGAGUUGCUCGCAAACACCAUGAUAUCUUUUCGGGAUCAAUACAGAUCCUUUCACAAGGUCUUCGACGAGACAUAUAUAAGCUCCGCCAUCCCGGGGCUCGACCUUCUGUGCCCAAUCCCGAUCCACUAGCGCCUUUACAAUAUGCUUGUGUAUAUUGGGCUGACCAUCUACGAGACGCUGAUAUCAAUUCCUCUGGAAAGACGAUUUCGCAAGCCAGCCUACAAGAUGAUGGUGUAGUCCAUUUCUUUCUCAAAGCCUUUUUGAUUUAUUGGCUAGAAGCACUCUGCCUGACGGGUAAGUUGUCGGAGGGUAUUAUCGCCAUAAGAUUGCUGGAAUCUCUGGUACGUCAGACAAUUUCCACAGCACAAGACUUGGGUCUGCUGCACUUGUUUGUAAGAGAUGCUCGUCGGUUUGUCUUAUCGUUCAGACCAGCAAUUGAAUACACUCCUCUGCAAUUAUAUUCUUCGGCUCUUCAUUUCGCCCCUACAUCUAGCAUAGUACGCCAAACUUUCGAGCCAAGCCAGGCGAAAUGGAUCUCGCAGAAGCCUAGCGUGCGAUUUGAAUGGGAUGCACACUUGCAAACACUAGAAGGCCAUAAAAAUGAUGUUUGUUCAUUGGUGUUUUCGCCAGAUAAUACGAAACUAGCGUCUAAUUCCGAAGAUGGUAAUGUCAGAAUGUGGGAUCGGGCUACAGGUGCCUGCUUGCAGUCACUUACACUCGAUACCAUUGAUACGCAUACGAGCAUGGCGUUUUCACCCGACAGCAGUCAGUUGGCAUUAGCUUUUGAUGAAAUUAUCAAAAUAUUGGAUAUAAAGACAGGUGCCUUUGUAAUGACGCUCGAGAAUGGUCCAAGGCAUAAGUCAAUGGUGUUUUCGCCCGACGGCAAACAGCUAAUAUCAUCGAAUAAACUUUGGGAGUCCGGCCGCUUUCGGAUUUGGGAUCUUGCGACAGGGAUGCGGCUUCGAACGAAAGAUUACUACCGGGACGUGCGAAAACCAGCUUUCUCAGAGUCGAAAGCUACAGACCCUGGGAUAAUCUACAUCUUGGACGCCGCUACUGAUAAAUGUUUGCAGAGAUUCAGGGACCACCCGGUUACUGAACAGUUGGCACUUUCACCGGACGGUUCACAGCUGGCAAUGGCCCCCAAACACAAGUAUACUACCGUUCGGGACGUAAAAACGGGCGCUUCUCUCUUUACGUUUCUGUCCUAUACAGCAGCUUCUAUCUCCCCGAUAUUUUCUCCAGAUGGUGCUGAGCUAGCUGUUGUUGGAUAUUUCGAAAAUAUCAACAUCUGGGAUCUUACUCCGGGCUCUUUUGUGGACCCUGAAAAAGAUAUAAUUUGGUCACUCGCAUUUUCACCAGAUAACACACGCUUUGCACUCAUAACAAAUUGCGUGGAGCUCCUAGGUGCUUUCACCAUUGAGAUUUGGGAUCCUGUGGAAGGAAAAUGUCAGCAGCAGCUCCAAGUCGGCAAGUCAAUAGCUGGUUCAACUACUCAGUCUUCGGACAUUGCGCGAUUAGCAUUUUCUCCAGACAACACGCAAUUAGCAUAUUCGAGAAGAAAUGAACUUGUGAUUCGAAAUUUAGCUGAAAAUUCACAACGGGACAAGUUCGAGUUCAGAGCUUCAGGUAGCAUACAGUCAAUUGUAUUUUCUCCCGACGGCACUCGAUUGGCGGUGGCAGAUGUCCCUCUUCUGGAUGAGAUCGGCGACACGAAAACUCUCAAAAUCAAAACUCCAAAAAUCGAGAUCGUGGACGCGACCAACGGCGCAAUUGUUCACACAAUCAAUUUCUCAACAGGGAUUAUAGAUGUGUAUUUUUCAUCAGACAGCAAGCGUUUGGGGUCAGUGUCAGAAAAGGGCAUCGCGGCGAUAUGCGAUCUGAAUACUGGCGCAUGCCUACAGACUUUCGAUUUCAAAUUUGGAGAUAUGAGGAUAGAUUGGCAAGAGGAAUAUUUACGACGCUCUCACUUACAAUAUUCCGUUACCAGCAUGUUGCAGGAUCCAGGGUCAAUACCCAGUGCUAUCUUUGAGUUUGAUUGCAGCGGCGACGGCAGUUGGCUUUUGCGACGAGAAGAGCCUUUUCUUUGGCUUCCUUCGGAUUAUCGGUCCAUGGAGAUUGGUUUUGCUGGAGGAAAUAUUGCUAUUUCACCUCCCCUUGUAGGAAUUGUUUUGAUUUCUCUUAGCCUUGCAGAAUUGGACGCUGAAAUGGCAUCCAAUAGGUCAUCAAUUCUAAAAGUCUAGAUUUAUACAAAUCUUAGCAUAACACGACAAAAGACUGG